AUGGACCCAAAGCUUUCAGAUUUUGGACUGAUGAGAAUGUUGGGUAUGGAAGAGAGCAAAGUGUAUACAGAUGUUCGGGGGACAAUAGGUUAUAUGGAUCCAGAGUAUAUGAGCAAUGCAAAACUUACGAGUGCUAGUGAUAUUUACAGUUUCGGAAUUGUCAUUCUGCAACUUCUGUCCGGACAAAGAGUCAUUGAACUUGACCUAGAUGCCAGAGACCAGCUCACAAGAAAGGCAAAGGAUGUGAACAUGGGAAAACGGCCUCUGACGGAUUUUCAAGACCCGAAGAUGAAAGGAAACAUUGUGGACGUAGAUUUUGAGUCCAUAUUGCAAAUAGCGGUGCUCUGCGUAGCAAGUUCAAGUACAGGCCGUCCCACCAUAGAUUUGGUUUUCGAAGAGCUGGACAAGGCUUUGAAAAACACACGGCUGGAGAUGAAAGCAAGGAAGGAGAAGAGCUUAUUCGGCGCAUCACCGUCAAAAUCACCUGAAAGGAUGAGUGUGUAA